CAAAAUCUUUAACAUCCAGCUGAUCAUGCAAACGACACCUCCAUUUAAAGUCUCCUCCGAAGGACAGCACCUUGAACAAUGCAGUGCACCCCCAAGACUGUACUGGAGCGUCACCCUAUCAGCCUACCCUAUGAGCUCCUAUACCUCAUAAUUAAUGUUCUCCUAUCUCCAUUGUGCUUCCUACCUUGAGACACAGCAAAAUAUUGACUACUAUGAACAAUGACAAGCGGCUAAUAGGGCACGGACAUAGGUUUAACGUUUCUUACCUCUCCUCUGAUCUUAUGUGAAAUGGAAGUUUGAAAAGUGCCAACACAUUCUUGUUACAUUCAAGGAUCACAAGAGCCAGAGCUGUGGAAGAGAGAGCAGGAGGGAAAUAGAAGCCACCUUCGGACAGCAGUGACCUUUCAAACCUUCAUCAGAAAUGUCGAACCGCUUGACAGGAGACGCUUCUUUCAGCUCCAGGCAAGAGCUUCUGAAUCUAAAUGAAGCCUUCACGAGCACUAACGCCUUGGAAAAUCCUGCUUCUUCAGAGCAGGCUAACGAUGCCAUGAACAGUGGGAUGUCCGAUGUGAGGACAUUGUGCACGCACGAGAACUCAAACCAACUCCAGUUUGUCCCCAACAAGUCGGAGAACCUCUGCGGCUGGAGUGUGUUCAAGCCCAAGUGUUUACAGGUUUUUAACACACCCAAAGGAAUGCUCUUCUUCCUCUGCGGUGCUUCCUUCCUCCAAGGGUUGAUCGUAAAUGGAUUUAUCAACACGGUCAUCACCUCCAUCGAGAGGAGGUUUGACCUGCGCAGCUACCACAGCGGGAUGAUCGCCAGCUCCUACGACAUCGCAGCCUGCAUUUGCCUGACGUUCGUGAGUUACUUUGGUGGUUACGGCCACAAACCUCGCUGGCUGGGCUGGGGAGUACUGAUCAUGGCUCUUGGCUCUGUGAUGUUCACUCUGCCUCACUUCACCUCCGGCCAUUAUGAGGUGAACUUGUCCGAACAGACUGGCUUGUGCCUCCAGAACCAGACUGGAGGAUGUGACAGAGUCACAUCCAGCAUGUCCAACUAUAGGUUUGUGUUCAUGUUCGGCCAGUUCCUGCAUGGUAUAGGGGCUACGCCGCUGUACACCUUGGGGGUGACUUACCUGGAUGAAAACGUCAAGUCAAAUUACGCUCCUGUUUACAUUAGCAUUUUCUACACAGCAGCAAUUGUCGGACCUGCAGCUGGCUACUUGCUGGGAGGAUUUUUUCUCCAGUUUUAUACAGAGAUCAACACUAAGAUUAACCUGACUCCCGAUAGCCCGCUAUGGGUGGGUGCCUGGUGGAUCGGAUUCCUCGGUGCCGGAGGUGUAGCACUUCUUGUAGCCAUCCCCAUCCUGGGUUACCCUCGCCAACUCCCAGGAUCCCAGCGUUUCUUAGCAAUGAGAGUCUCUGAAGCCCAUCAGCUGAAGGACGGAAGCCACAUGACGGCUUUGGAGCCGAACUUUGGGAAAACAGUGAAAGACUUGCCAAGGUCAGCAUUGCUAUUGCUGAGGAAUCCAACCUUUAUCUUUCUCUGUUUCUCUGGAGCUACGGAAGCUACGCUGAUGGCUGGGAUGUCUACAUUUGGGCCCAAAUUCCUGGAGUCCCAGUUUAAUCUGAGCGCCUCGCAAGCUGCAACCCUAUUUGGUUUCCUUGUGGUGCCAGCAGGUGGAGGGGGUACUUUCCUCGGUGGGUUUAUCAUUAACAAAUUAAAGCUUCGCUGUGCUGGAAUCAUCAAGUUUUGUUUAAUUUGCACAAUCUUGGGUCUGUUGGCCAUCUUCAUAGUCUCUAUCCACUGCUCUAACGUGCCAAUGGCUGGAAUCACGUACAACGGCAGUUUCGAUUCUGCUGUCAAACUGACUACCUCUUGCAAUGCUGAGUGCAAAUGUUUAAUGGAAAUUUACAACCCGGUUUGCGGAGCUGACAAAUUGACGUACUACUCCCCAUGUCAUGCUGGAUGCACAAGGUUCAACAUGUCACUGUCUGGGAGCAACAGAAAGACUUUCUACGACUGCAGCUGCGUCAUGGAAAACUCCAGUGCGGAUUUUGCCGAAUCUGGAAAGUGCCCCUCUAAUUGCCCACACCAGGCUCUCUUUCUGGCUGUCUUCUUCCUCGUGAUCUUCUUCACGUUCCUUGGGAGCAUCCCUGCGGUCACAGCCACCCUCAGAUGUGUCCCAGAGAGUCAGAAGUCAUUUGCACUUGGUAUUCAGUGGAUCGUGGUCCGAACAUUAGGAGGAAUCCCAGGCCCAAUUGCCUUUGGCUCAAUUAUAGACCUGUCGUGUUUGCUCUGGCAAGACCAGUGCGGUGAGAGAGGUUCCUGCUACAUUUACCAGAACUCACUCAUGAGUAAAUACCUUCUUACUGCUGGACUAACAUACAAGAUUCUAGGAUCUGUCUUCUUCUUGACCGCCUGGUUCCUGUACAAACCUCCCAGCUCGUCCCUCAAUAGCUCAAACAAUGGAGAGUCCAGUGAACCUGUGAAGGAAACUCUACAAAGGACAAACUCCACAAACUGAUAGAAACAAGUAGAUUUUGUACUCCUUACUGCUAAGACUCAGAUCAAGACGCUGGAUACUUGAGGAUAAAUUGCAUUUGUCUAUGGUGGUCCUAAAUUGCCAUCGGAGCUCAAAAUGAUUUGUUUCCAGUCAUCCAUUGCUUUGUAUCCCACAACCAAAACUCUGCUCUUGCACAUUUGCUGGAUUCACGUGCCAGUGAGCCGCGGGUCAGAGGCAGAUAGUAACAAAAGGGAAGAGGUAUUUUUAGAGUAUAGGGAUCACAGCAAAAUAACUCCUCCAUUAUUGAAGCAAAAUUAAGAGUGAGCCACACGUUCAAAUGUAAGGCUGUGGCAGGUUGCCAUAUGGUUUUCCAGAAUUCCAGUAGUUUGCACAGAGAGGGUUGUGUAAAUAUUUUCAUUGAUGUUAUCAAUAAAUAUUUUGAUCAUGUACGGAAAGAAAACCUCUUGCCAGACCAUUGAAGCUGAGAUACAGAUGAACCAUGAUCUAAUAGAAUGGUGAAAUAGGCUCAAGGGGCUGAAUGGCCUACUCCUGUUCCUAUGUGGGUUUUAUGUUUAGUAAUAUCUGUUUAUAAUUGUACAAAGGAAAUGCGAACUUGUUUAAAAUAUGGGGAUGAAGGUUUUUUAUGAGCGUCCAUGCUCAACAUUGAAGGUGUGUAAAGUGGAGUUGCGAGUCUAUUCUUGUAAAUGUAUCAUUUUGCGUAAAAUAAUGAUUUGGGAGUAUUUUGGAACUGUUCGGGUGACAUUUUGUACAAAACUGUUUAAAUAAAAUGUACUUUGUUUGAAA